AUGAAGAUUGAUUCCAAAAUAUUCUUCAUUGUUUCACUUAAAAUAUCUUUAAUUGCCAUAAUAAUUCCAUUAAGUGUCUCAAGUAGCCAAAGUAUUCAUCGAAUCAAAAGCGUCGAGUGCAUUAGUUUGGACAAUAAAUCAUUGUCGGUUGACUUUUGCUUUGUUAAGGCAUAUUCUCGGCAAGUAUCAACUUUAAACUUGAAAUUUGACUUCCAUCGAAAAUUUCCAAAGCCAAUUUACAUCCAAUAUAUCCUCGGACGCAAGAAUAGUGGAAAUUUUUGUCAAAAUAUUUUCAAAUCUGAUUUAAUCGAAUUUUGUGAACUUAUGGAAGGUGUGGCCGCAAAUCCAAUGAUUCAAAAUUUAUUUCAUCUUCUAAAUGACACUGCACCGCAAUUAUUCCAGAAAUGUCCUUACCAAGGUUCCAUCAUCGUCACAAAUGCUACAUUUGAUUUGGAAAAGUCUUUAGUUGUCUUCCCAUCUGGAUUAUAUUGUACUGAACUAAAUUCAUUUGACGAUAAGAAGAAGCAAGUUACUGCAGUAAAAUUGACUUUUGAGAUCAAAAAUGGCUUUAACUUUUUUGGGCUUAAGGAUAAACGUGGAAAUUAA